AGCCCGCAGUGGGACCUAGAUUGGUGGUCAGACAGAUAGACAAGAGAGACAUACCCUGCAGGACCUGAUGAUGGGGUCCAUCCAUUUCUGCGCCCUCUUUGCUCUGUACUCCGGCUAUCUGCUGGCUCUGGUAGCCGGCUCCGGGGAGUACUGUCACGGCUGGUCCGAUGGUCAAGGAGACUGGCACCCGGGCUUCCAGUGUCCUGAGAGGUACGAUGGAGCCGAGGCCACCCUUUGCUGCGGCUCUUGUGAGCUCAGGUAUUGCUGCUCUGUCUUGGACAACCGACUGGACCAGGGCGUCUGCAGCAACGAUAACUACAUGCAACAGGAGGCAGACUCUCACACCAGGACUGCAUCUGUGCCCAUGUACCUGCCGUUCCUGAUUGUGGGCUCCAUAUUCGUGGCGUUCAUCAUCGUCGGGUCGUUCAUUGCGGUUUGCUGCUGCCGAUGCCUGAAGCCGAAAGAAGAGGAGAACCAACAGAGCGUUCCCUCCCAGAGUCGCCUGUUGGAGCUGGUCCCUCCGCCCAGCGUCAGAAGCCCCUCGCGACACUCCACGUCCAGCACCACCACCACCUCCACCAGGAGCUCUGUGGGACGUCAGAACAACAUGUGCUCCGUAGGCACAGACAGCAUCAACCUCUACAUGAACGUGCCGGCGAAUUUCCCGGUCAUGGGUUGUCAUCAAGCCCAACAGUUUCUGCCUCCUCAAAGCACGGCCAACCCCUUCCUCCCGCCCCAUUAUCUGAGCUACGGAAUUCCAGCUGACCACACGCUAGUCAUGGCUCCUCCAUUCGUGGACAGACCAGGCUACGGACAACCACCUCCUAUUCCUUAUUCACACGGAGCAAUACACGGUGAUCAGCUGAUGUACCCCGCGGUGACUCUGUAAGAAUCUUCAGGAAGGGAGAGGGAGGGUAAGAUUCCUCUCGCCGUUAAGUGCAGCCUCAUUGACUAUCUGUACUUAGAAACGGGAACAACGCCACAAAAUUGCCUAUCUUUGGUGCUAAUUUCUAAAUAUUGUUCAAUACCUUAUGUGCCAGAUUGUUGCCUUCUCAUAUUGACUGAGAUACACUGAGCCAGUUGAUCUUCUCAAUGUUCUUGUAAAUUAUGCCGUGUUUUUUAUAAGCUGGAUGCUUGAUUUUUUUUAAUCAAAAAAACCUCCUUUGUUGCAUUUAUUGUAUUCCAUUUGCACACUGUUAUUUCGGAAAUUGAGGACGUUAAUGUAUUCAAGUCAGAUGUUUAUGCUGAGCAAUCGUUAGAAAGUUGUAGCUGGUAANUUUUUUUAAAUACGUCGUUCAAUCUGGAUAUUACAAAGAUGUGUCAACUAUGUACAUAACAGGAACUUUGACUUCACCCUGUAAUAUAGUUUGUAAGUACCCCAAAAUGGUUUUGUAAAUGUUUGCAUAUAGUAUGCGACAAUAAUUCUGUGUAUUAUUUGGGUGAUGUAUCCUUUUUGUGUUGCUUCUGCAAAGGAGAGUUUUGUGUACAGUUUAUAAACAUCCAAACGCUUUUUAUAAGGUCUAUUUCCGAAAAAGGGCACUUACAUUUUGUAAAGACA